AUGCUUUACGCCGCAACCACACUCGCCCUCGUCGGCGCUGUCUUCGCCCAGGAAUACGUUCCCACCGCCACUCAGGGCAGCGACUUUGGCGGUUCAAUCCAGUGCAACCCAGCGCGCUCAUCCUGCGUCGAGGUCAGCGGCACUCUCGUCCCAGCACCAACCAACGGCGCUGCCUUGGGUGGUCCAAUUCAGUGCAACCCAGCACGUUCGUCCUGCGUCGAGGUCAGCGGCACUCUCGUCGCAGCACCAACCAACGGCGCUGCCUUUGGUGGUCCAAUUCAGUGCAACCCAGCACGUUCGUCCUGCGUCGAGGUCAGCGGCACUCUCGUCCCAGCACCAACCAACGGCGCUGCCUACGGUGGCCCAAUCCAGUGCAACCCAGCGCGCUCAUCUUGCACUGAGAUCAGCGGUACUCUCGUCCCAGUGACCACCGCCGCACCAUCUACCCCAGGCAGCGGUUUCGGCGGCCCAAUUCAGUGCAACCCAGCUCGCUCGUCGUGCACGGAGAUCAGCGGUACUCUCGUCCCAGUGACCACCGCCGCACCAUCUACCCCAGGCAGCGACUUCGGUGGCCCAAUCCAGUGCAACCCAGCUCGCUCGUCUUGCACGGAGAUCAGCGGUACUCUCGUCCCAGUGACCACCGCCGCACCAUCUACCCCAGGCAGCGACUUCGGUGGCCCAAUCCAGUGCAACCCAGCUCGCUCAUCUUGCACGGAGAUCAGCGGCACACUUGUCCCAGCAUCCAGCCAGCCUACCGUGACCGCUGCCAUUACCACCGGUGGCAGCAGCUACGGCGGCGCAAUCCAGUGCAACCCAGCCCGCUCGUCGUGCAUCACCGUCAGCGGUACCCUCCUCCCAGCACCAACCGGCGGCAAGAACGCAACCGCCACCACGGGCAAGCCAGCUGUCUACACUGGUGCUGCCGCUGCUCACAUGAUCGGUGGAUUCUUGGCACCAAUCUUGGGCGCUGCUGCUGCGCUGUUCUAA